UAAUAAAAAUCUGAGGUUCUGCCAAGCGAGAGAGGGCUGAGCUGGAGGGACUCGGCUUGGCAAGGGUUAAAGGGAAGUGAGCUGCCUUCCUAGAGAGGCCAGGAAGCAAGGGGGGCCAGGUCCUCCAGAGCCAAGGCCCCUCCCUCCCCAGUCCUUUCCUUGCUUUGGGGUCUCUCCUGCAAGGGCUGCCUCGCUGUCCCCUCCUGGGAUCUGGAUUUGCUACAGCUUCUCAUUUAGAAGGGCAGAACUUGGCAGAAGACUAAAGGGUUCCUUCCGAUCUCUCAGAGGCUUCCUGAGAGCACAGAUGGAUGAGCAAGACUCAGCUGGCCCCAAAGCAGGAAGAGGCCAUGCCAGUCAAACUGGGAGCAGUGGGGGAUUCUGGAAAAACCCAGUGCAGAAGAUCCUGGAUGAGGACACCCUCCGCUCAGAGGUGCAAAGCCAGCAGAUGAGGCAGUUCUGCUGCCAGGAGGCCAAAGGACCCCGAGAGGUUUGCAGCCGACUCUACCACCUUGACCAUCAGUGGCUGAAGCCAGAAAGGCACACGAAAGCUGAGAUGCUGGACCUGGUGAUCUUGGAGCAGUUCCUGGCUGUCCUUCCCCUGGAGAUGGAGAGCUGGGUGAGGGAAUGCGGAGCAGAGACCAGUUCCCAGGCAGUGGCCCUGGCCGAAGGUUUCCUCCUGAGUCAGGCAGAGGAGAGAAAGCAGGGAAAGGAUCUCUUUGCAGAAAUGGACCUGGAUUCCUGUGAGGCAGAGAGGCCUCCAUUGGACAUCAGAGAGAGGCCACUGGGUGGCAGAAGGAUGCCAGCAAGACCUCCUGAUCCGCCUUUUCAUGGGGGCAGAAGGGAAGCAGCGGCUGUGGAACCAGAUCAGGGUCCAGUGUGCUUUGAAGAUGUUGCUGUUCGUUUCACGGACGAGGAGUGGGCAAUGCUGGAUCCUGACCAGAGAGCUCUGCAUAAGGACGUCAUGGAGGAGAAUUGUGGGAUAUUGGCCUCUCUUGAUUGUGAUGAAUCGAAAAUCGAGAAGAAAGGUGACCACGAUAAAAUCCCCAGAGAGGAGAAGCCACGUAAAAAUUUGGAGUGUGGAGAAAGCUGCAGCCAGAGCUCCCAUUCCACUUCCCAUCAACAAAAUCUCAUUGGAAAGAAACUCUAUCAGUGCAUGGAAUGUGGAAAAAGCUUCAGUCAGAGCUCCCAUCUAAUUUCCCAUCAAAAAAUUCAUACAGGGGAGAAACCCUAUCAGUGUGUGGAAUGUGGAAAGAGCUUCAGUCACAGCCACAGUUUCACCUCCCAUCAGAGAAUUCAUACAGGGGAGAAACCCUAUCAGUGUGUGGAAUGUGGAAAGAGCUUCAUGAAGAGCUCCCAUCUCAGUUCCCAUCAAAGAAUUCAUACAGGGGAGAAACCCUAUCAGUGUGUGGAAUGUGGAAAGAGCUUCAGUCAGAGCUUCGAACUCACUUACCAUAAGCGAAUUCAUACAGGAGAGAAUCCCUAUCAGUGUGUGGAAUGUGGAAAGAGCUUCAGUCGGAGCUCCUCUCUCACUUCCCAUCAAAGAAUUCAUACAGGGGAGAAACCCUAUCAGUGUAUGGAAUGUGGAAAGAGCUUCAGUCGGAGCUCCUCUCUCACUUCCCAUCAAAGAAUUCAUACAGGGGAGAAACCCUAUCAAUGUGUGGAAUGUGGAAAGGGCUUCACAUGUAGCUCCUCUCUCACUUCCCAUCAAAGAAUUCAUACAGGGGAUAAACCCUAUCAGUGUGUGGAAUGUGGAAAGAGCUUCACUAAGGAAAGUCUUACUUCCCAUCAAAGAAUUCAUACAGGGGAGAAACCCUAUCAGUGUGUGGAAUGUGGAAAGAGCUUCAGGAGGAAGGACAUUCUCACAUUUCAUCAAAGAAUUCAUACAGGGGAGAAACCCUACCAGUGUGUAGAAUGUGGAAAGAGCUUCAGUCACAGCUUCAGUCUCACUUCCCACAAGCGAAUUCAUACACGGGAGAAACCCUAUCAGUGUGUAGAAUGUGGAAAGAGUUUCAGUCAGAGCUCCCAUCUCACUUCCCAUCAAAGAACGCAUACAGGGGAGAAACCCUAUCAGUGUGUGGAAUGUGGAAAGAGCUUCAUUCACAGCUUCAGUCUCACUUCCCAUCAAAGAAUUCAUACAGGGGAGAAACCCUAUCAGUGUGUGGAAUGUGGAAAGAGCUUCAGGAAGAAGGACACACUCACAUUUCAUCAAAGAAUUCAUACAGGGGAGAAACCCUAUCAGUGCAUGGAAUGUGGAAAGAGCUUCAGGCAUAGCUCCUCUCUCACUUGCCAUCAAAUAAUUCAUACAGGGGAGAAACCCUUUCAGUGCUUUGAAUGUGGAAAGAGCUUCAGUCACAGCUCCCAUCUCACUUCCCAUCACAGAAUUCAUACAGGGGAGAAACCUCAUGAAUGUGUGGAAUGUGGAAAGAGCUUCAGGAAGAGCUCCAAUCUCACUUCCCAUCGAAGAAUUCAUACAGGGGAGAAACCCUAUCAGUGUGUGGAAUGUGGAAAGAGCUUCAGGAAGAGCUCCGAUCUCACUUCCCAUCAAAGAGUUCAUACAGGGGAGAAACCCUAUCAGUGUGUGGAAUGUGGAAAGAGCUUCAGGAAGAAGGACCAACUCACUUGCCAUCAAAGAAUUCAUACAGGGGAGAAACCCUAUCGGUGUGUGGAAUGUGGAAAGAGCUUCAGUCACAGCCAGAGUCUCACUUCCCAUCACAGAGUUCAUACAGGGGAGAAACCCUAUCAGUGUGUGGAAUGUGGAAAGAGCUUCAGGAAGAAGGACACUCUCACAUUUCAUCAAAGAAUUCAUACAGGGGAGAAACCCUAUCAGUGCGUGGAAUGUGGAAAGAGCUUCAGGCAUAGCUCCUCUCUCACUUGCCAUCAAAUAAUUCAUACAGGGGAGAAACCCUUUCAGUGCUUUGAAUGUGGAAAGAGCUUCAGUCACAGCUCCCAUCUCACUUCCCAUCACAGAAUUCAUACAGGGGAGAAACCCUAUGAAUGUGUGGAAUGUGGAAAGAGCUUCAAUCAGAGCUCCGCUCUCACUUCCCAUAAAAGAAUUCAUACAGGGGAGAAACGCUAUCAGUGCAUGGAAUGUGGAAAGAGCUUUAGUCACAGCCAGAGUCUCGCUUUCCAUCAAAGAAUUCAUACAGGGGAGAAACCCUAUCAGUGUGUGGAAUGUGGAAAAUGGUUCAGUCAGAGCUCCCAUCUCACUGCCCAUCAAAGAAUUCAUACAGGGGAGAAACCCUAUCAGUGUGUGGAAUGUGGAAAAUGGUUCAGUCAGAGCUCCCAUCUCACUGCCCAUCAAAGAAUUCAUACAGGGGAGAAACCCUAUCAGUGUGUGGAAUGUGGAAAGAGCUUCAGGAAGAGCUCCGAUCUCACUUCCCAUCAAAGAGUUCAUACAGGGGAGAAACCCUAUCAGUGUGUGGAAUGUGGAAAGAGCUUCAGGAAGAAGGACCAACUCACUUGCCAUCAAAGAAUUCAUACAGGGGAGAAACCCUAUCGGUGUGUGGAAUGUGGAAAGAGCUUCAGUCACAGCCAGAGUCUCACUUCCCAUCACAGAGUUCAUACAGGGGAGAAACCCUAUCAGUGUGUGGAAUGUGGAAAGAGCUUCAGGAAGAAGGACCAACUCACUUGCCAUCAAAGAGUUCAUACAGGGGAGAAACCCUAUCAGUGUGUGGAAUGUGGAAAGAGCUUCAGUAAGAAGGACCAACUCACUCGCCAUCAAAGAAUUCAUACAGGGGAGAAACCCUAUCAGUGUGUAGAAUGUGAAAAGAGCUUCAGUAAGAAGGACACACUCACUUCCCAUAAAAGAAUCCAUACAAACGUCGGGAAAACCAUUAUACAGCUUUAGGAGCCAGGAAAUCCACACCUUUAUUACCUGGCCUUUGGCUGAUUGACAUCUAAUGCCUUUUUAACAUGUGGUGUUUGUGUUUGUUUGUUGUAACCAUCCUGAGACCUGUAGGUAUAGGAAUAGGUGCCAAUGCUUAAAGACCUAGGCGUCUCCCCCCCAUAAAAUAUUUAAGGAGGCCUGUGGCGUUUGCCCUCCUAGGUGUAUGACAUCAUACUGGGUCAUAAGGAAAGGGUUAACUAAGUAUAAAAUGAUUAACCAAUAGGAACCCAAGGGGAGGAGUUAGAGUUGUUAAGAAGUGAGUCUGGAGUUAGAGAAGGGAGAGGGAGGAUAAGUCUGUGGGUUGGGCUAGUGUGAUGUGAGAGAGUGAGAGAAUCUGUUAAGAGGAGUCAGUUAAACAGCUGGGAUAAUCAAUUAGAAGGUAUUAGGAAGGUAUAGGCCAGUAAAGAAACUAAGGUUAAGAAACUAACAAGAAAAAUUAUCUGAAACCAUAAACUUGUUAAUGCUUAUAAAAUAAACUUGUUUAUUUGGUUUAAUGUUAACAACUGUCUGGACUCAGUGUGUACCCGAGAGAAAUGGGCUGGUGGCAGCGGGGAAGCGAUCACAGUGGUGGCACAGGGAUCA